ACGUGACGCGCGUUGCCGGGCAGUGCCGAGGCGCUGCAGGAACGGGGCGGGAGCGGAGCUGAGUCGGGAUUGGGACUGGGAUGGGGAACGUGGUUCUGCUGUGGGGUGCGAUCCUGCUCGGCUGCAGCUGCGGCCUGGGACCCCCCAGGGUCGGUGCCGCUCCGCUGCUGACGGCCACCUACGUGCUGGACGAUGCGGACGGGCUGGGCAGGCAAUUCGACGGGAUCGGGGCUGUGAGCGGCGGCGGGGCCACGUCUAGACUUCUGGUGAACUACCAAGAACCUUACCGCUCCCAGAUUUUAGAUUACCUGUUCAGGCCUAAUUUUGGUGCUUCUUUACAUAUUCUCAAAGUAGAGAUUGGAGGUGAUGGGCAGUCAACAGAUGGUACUGAACCCUCCCAUAUGCACUAUGAAAAUGAUGAGAACUACUUCCGGGGCUAUGAAUGGUGGCUGAUGAAAGAAGCUAAAAAGAGGAACCCCGACAUUAAACUGAUUGGAUUACCUUGGACAUUUCCAAGAUGGAUAGGGAAGGGUGAAAACUGGCCCUAUGACUAUCCAGAUGUCACUGCUUACUAUAUUGUUUCUUGGAUAUUAGGAGCAAAACAGUAUCACGAUUUGGAUAUUGAUUAUAUUGGGAUAUGGAAUGAAAGGGCAUUUAGUAGCAAAUACAUUAAGGUGCUUCGACAUUCUUUGGACAGACUGGGUCUAAUGAACAUUGGCAUCAUCGCUGCGGAUGGAGAUUGGAACGUUUCAAAGGAGAUGAUAGUUGAUCCCUAUCUUAAUGAUGCUAUUGAGGUAGUCGGGGCUCACUAUCCUGGGACAAAAACAGUGCAAAAUGCCAUAUUAACUGAGAAGAAACUAUGGUCUUCAGAAGAUUACAGUACUUUCAAUGAUGAAGUAGGUGCAGGCUGCUGGGCUCGGAUCCUGAACCAAAACUAUGUAAAUGGAAACAUGACCUC